AUGCAAGGCGGCUAUUCUCAGCCGACGCUGUAUCACGUUGUGAGAGACAUCUUUGACCAUAGCGGUAUCAGCGUAACGGAUGUUGUAACUAGAUACUUUGAUCUGGCACAUUACUGGCUACCUAUUCUGGACAGAAGAGCCGUUUACGACGAAGCAGCACGUUUCAACCUGGACGAGGCAGGCAACCAUGACGCGUUUGCCUUGUUGCUUCUUUGUAUGCAUACCUUCACCGAGAGUCCUUGCGAAAACCAACCUCAGCCGACACAAAACCUUUUAUAUCGCACUUUACGGCAGCUAUUUGUCAUUCUACAAUCAUCUCCAGAUAUCCUUGCGCGAACUUUGCUACAAUGUGGCAUUAUCCUGACGGCAUAUGCAUGCGGCCAUGGUAUGACCAAAGAGGCGUAUGAGACAUUGACGAUAUGUAUCGGCCUUAUUCGCCGUCUCAGCAUCGACGGCUAUGUAACAGCAGAACCCAGGAUGGGAGCGGACCGUGGCCUCUAUGAUCAUUUGGAAUUGGAUCUCUGCUGGAGUGGGGUAAUUCUACUGGAUAGGACUAUUGUUCUCUCCAACAUCGACAUGUGCCUGCCAUAUUUGGUGGAAGCGCACCAUAUUCCGCCGAAUUCCGGCAUCUUUCAGGCAUCAAAGUCGGAUCUUUACAGCCGGGAUGCUAUCCGCAACCUGUUGGCACGAGCAGAGCACGUUCUCCGCCUCGGCGACAUGCUCAAGAAUGUAACCGGACCCGACGCAGAAAAGUACGAAUUUGUCGAAACCGCCGUAUGCAAUGAAAUUGCCGACUUUAUCCGUACCACCGAAGGAGGCAAAUUCCCUCUCUGUGAAACGGUUGCUAUGGCCCUUAGGCGCACGGCUGGUCCAACAACAGUAGGCCGUGUUUCCUUGGACUCUGCUGCCUAUAUGGUGCUGCCGCUCACUUGGACGAGCUUCGCGCGGAAGGUUUAUCGAGAGAGGAUGUUUGGACCCUAA